AUGGAAAUUAAGAUAACAUGUAGAGAAAGCAUUAAACCAUCAUUACCCACUCCCCAAGAGCACAAAAAGCACAAACUAUGUUUAUUCGAUGUGUAUCAACUUAACACCUAUUUUCCACUAAUCCUAUUUUACCACAAAGGAUCUUCAGACAUUUUAACACAAUUGAAGAAAUCACUAUCCGAGGCACUAACAAUUUUCUACCCUCUUGCAGGUAGAAAGAGUAGUGAUGAUCCCUUUUCAAUCAAUUGCAAUGAUGAAGGUGCAAUCUACAUAGAAUCCACAAUAGUGAACAUCACCAUUGAAGAGUUCCUCAACCCUCCAAAACUAGAAUUGCUUAACGAAUUGCUUCCUUGUGAGCCAAACAAGACUCACCCUAACCAUGAAGUGUUGCCACAGUUAGUGAUCCAAGCCAACACUUUCAAGUGUGGCGGAAUAGCUGUUGCAAUGUGCAACCUCCACACACUCUUGGAUGCUUCUUCUUGCAUCACUUUCUUGAAGACUUGGUUUGCAAUUUCUAGAGGGUCAGCGGAAGAGAUAUCAUUUCCUAAUUUCUCUUCCGCUCCUUCUCUGUUCCCGCCGAGGGUGAACACCUCUGGGUUGAUGCGUUCGGGGGUGCUCAACCUCGGCAGGGACAUAGAAAUUGAAACACUCUGCACCACAAGAAGAUUCUUGUUUGAUUUCAAAGCCAUGAAUGAGCUCAUAUCCAAGGCUGCAUUAGGAAAUAAUGGAAGAAUGAUGAACACAAACCCUACAAGGUACCAAGCAGUGUCAUCAUUCAUAUGCAAACACAUGAUUAUGUCAUGCAUGAAAGAAGAAGACAAGAAUAGGCCAGUGGUAGUGCUGCAUGUUGUGGACAUGAGGAGAAGAAUGGGAGAACCCUUCACACAAAACUCCAUUGGGAACUUGCUGUGGCCAGCAGUGAUGCUAUGUGAGAAUGUGAACAAGGACACUGAGAUAAGUGAAUUGGUAAAGGUGUCAAAGGGUGGAAUUGGGAAAGUGACAAAGGAAUUGCUGGUGAGAGUUCAAAAGGAUGAAGGGUUUUGGUGGAGUGAUGAGUGUGGCAAGUUGAUGCUUGAAGAGGUGGUGAACAAAGAUCCGGUGUCGUUUUUGUUCACAAGUUGGUGUGAUAUGGGAUUCAAAGAGUUGGAUUUUGGGUUGGGAAAACCUUUGUGGUUGGCUCAGAAAGGUGGCAAUAGUGAAACAAUUCCAAACACAGUGGUUUUCAUGGACACAAAGGAUGGAAUGGAAGCAUGGAUCUCAAUGAGACCCCAACACAUUGCUACAUUGGAAAAUGAUGUGGAUUUUCUCAAAUUUGCUCUGCUUAAUCCUACUGGUUCAAUUCUAUUAAAGUAA